AUGCUCCGACUUGAGGGAUCCCCCCCCAUCCUGGACCAUAUUGUCAUUCUUCUUUCUCAUAAAGAUCUUCUCGGCAUCUCCAAACACAUUGAGGGGCGCUUCACUCUGGCACCAGGGGGCAACCACGCUGAUGGGCUUACAACAAACAAGCUAGUGCUGUUCGCCGAUGGUGUUUACCUCGAGUUCAUUGCAUUUUUCGAUGAUGUGGACCCCGAAAGACGACGUAACCAUCGCUGGGGAAAAGAGACGGAGAGAACAAUCAUUGACUGGGCUUUCACCUUGCCUUCGGAGAGCGACUUUGUCGCCGUUCAACAACGAUUUCAGAAUGCCGAUACCAGUAUAUCCUAUACAGAUCCAAUUCCUGGCGGUCGCACGAAGCCGGAUGGGACAAUUUUAGAAUGGGCAGUUUGCACGCCCAAAGACAGCCAGGGCGACGUGGUAGCCCCAGGAUCUAUGCCAUUCUGGUGUUUGGACAGAACCCCUCGCGAUAGGCGUGUUCCUUAUAAGUUGGAGUCUCAUCUCACUCAGCACCCCAAUGGUGUUCAAGGUAUCUCGGCGGUGUCCGUCCAGGUUCCCGAUCUUGAAGCGAGUAAACUAAAGAGCUCAUAUGAUGCCAUCUUUGAUGGGAAAUGGAGCUAUGACGUUCCCUCUGGAUCAACGGCUGGCAAGCGGGCAUUCUCUCUCUCAAAUGGUGAGGCUGUAAUUAAGCUAUUAUUCCAUGGGUCCAAGGCUGGACAGGUGGAGUUACUGCCUGGGCUUGUUGUUGAUAUUGAGAGCUCGUCAUAG